UGAAUUCACCUUAUCCAAACUCUUCUCUAUCUCCCCAAUACAAAGUCCCUCUCUUUAUUGUGGCCGCUCAUCUUCAAUUUCAUAGCCGGAAAAGACCGUCGCCCAAAGGUUGUGAGCCCUGCAGAAAAUGGCAACCACGUCCGCUGCACUCUCUGCGGCCACAUGUACCAGUGCCGGCGUGAUGAGCGGUCGCAAUUCGACCCAGAAGAGAAAGAGCAAUGUCGUAUACAUCGGAGGACUGAAUUCCUUUGGAGGGUUGAAAGCCCACAACAGCGUAGCUGCUUUAGGGCUUCCUGUAUGCACGGAACAGUCCUUUGCUAAGAUAGUGAGCUCAUUGAAGUCUUCAUCCCAAAGCAAAGGAAAAGGUGGGGGAGCGCUCUCUUCUACCUGCAAUGCCGCAGCUGAGAUAUUCAAGAUUGCUGCAAUCAUGAAUGGACUUGUUCUGGUCGGCGUCGCUGUCGGCUUCGUUCUCCUGCGAAUAGAAGCGUCUCUGGAGGAAGCCGAGUGAGACAGUUUGAUCUGUAGACCCUCUCUUUCUUGUGUGUUCUUUUUGAAUGUGAACUCGAUUAUUUUGCCUGUACAAGUAAAAUCAAGCAAAGUGGGGUGGCUGUUCAAACUACAUAUAACAGAUCAGUCAUACAUUUAUCAUUUUCCACAAAAAAAAAUCAUGUUUCUUCUGAUUGAAAGGCUCUUAUCCCAAA